AUGUCCGAACCUUCUGAACAUGAAAUCAUGGAACCUCAACAACAAAAAUUAGAAAAUAAAAAAAAUAAACAAAGUAAAGAUGAUCACCAAGAGAGUAUAACCAUCAUGACUUAUAAUAUUCUUGCUCAAUCACUUUGUCGACGCGAUCUUUAUCCCGAAAGCGGUGAUGCACUCAAAUGGAAAAAUCGACGACCACAAUUAAUUAAAGAAAUAUUACAUUAUCAUCCUGAUGUGGCAUGCUUUCAAGAAAUGGAUUACGAUAAUUACAAUAGCACUUUUAAACCUGAAUUUGAAAAAGUUGGAUAUGAAACAUUUUUUUAUAAAAGUAUUGGAAAUGAUAAAAAAAGACAUGGUUGUUGUAUAAUUUGGAAGAUUAUUAAAUUUAAAAAAUUAAAACAUCUUACAUUAGAAUUUGAUCAGAUUGGGGUACCCACAAUGCCAACUAAUUGUAUAGGUGUCAUCGUUUCUCUUGAAUUUAAUCAAAAUUUUUUCAAUAAUGAUAAACCUAAUCCUUCAAAAUCAGGAAUAGUAAUAGGUACAACUCAUCUAUAUUGGAGACCUCAAUGCAUGUAUGAACGUACUAGGCAGUGUCUAUUAUUAUUCGAAAAUUUAAUAAAAAUUAAUGAAGAAUUUGGAUUUGUUGCAUUUAUGGUUGGAGAUUUCAAUUCGUCACCUAUAGAUCCAGCAUAUAAAUUAAUGAUAGGAAAAGAUCCAUUGACUAAAGAAGAAAUUAAGAAUUUAAAGGAUUCAAUGAAACAUUAUAAAAGUGAUCGAACAUUGUUGAAUACUACCGAUAAUCCAUCAUCAUCAUCGUCAAUGGUACCAUCUUUGACAACAGCUUCAAUCGAAUCAUCAAAAACUGGUGAUUUAAUUAAACCACCCCUAAAUACACUAAUAUCUUCACCAUCACCUACACUUCUUGAUUUACUUUUAAAAUUCUCUGAAUUUCCUCAAUGCAUAUCACUUUACUCAAAAUAUUAUUCUUUAAUAGAUCCCGAGAAUGUGAAACACAACGAACCUAAAUUUACAAAUUAUGGAAAAUUUUUCAGUGGGGCAUUAGAUUAUAUUUUUCACGUCAAUAAAUCUUCUCAUCGUAUUUCAACUAUAAUACGAGGAAAUUCUUUGAUUAAUGACUUGAGAUUGUUAAUAAAUAAUUCACGAUACAGCGAUUUGGAAAUUCAAUGUAACGAUGGAAUAAUUUUAUAUGGUUGUCGAGCAAUUCUCGCCGCUCGUUCGAAUGUUUUUAAUCAUUAUUUAUUUAAUAAUAAAAGAAAUACGGCAGGAUUCCGUAUGAUAUUUUCAGAGAUUGAUUCAAUUACCAUGAUAAUUAUUCUUGAAUUUAUGUAUACCGGAUCAAUUCAAAAAGAAUUCUUAAAGAUAGAAAAUUCUGUUGAUGUUUUUAAUGCGGCGGAAUUUUUUCAGUUGGUUGAACUUCAAAAUAUUAUAAUUCAAUAUUUACAAGAAUCUUUUCUAGAAAAUCUUUCGGAUAAUCUUUCACCUUAUUUAUUAUCAAAAACCAUUAGAAUAAUGUCCCCACCAAAUAAUGAACUUAUUGAUUUAUUAGUUAAAUAUGUUGUUAAAAUAUCUUUAGAUAAUAUACCUUAUGGUCAAUUAUCCCUUGAAGCUCUUAAUUGUUUAUUAUCAAGAAUAUCAAGAACAAUUGCAAUUGAUAAUUCAUUUACUUCCUUUUCGAAUAAUGGUUAUUCGAUUUUACGUUACGCAAUUUUAACUUCGGCGAGACUUAUUUCUCGAGAGGCUGAAAAUUUCUUUGAAAAUAGAUUACCUUCAUCAAAUCUAAUUCUUCAAGAUAAUUAUCAAAUUGAUUAUAGUAACGAUAAUAAUUUUUUAAUUGUUUCUUUAAGAAUAUCAGAAAUCAUCAAUCCUUUAUUUGAAUUUAUCGAUUUUUAUAAUUAUUCUCCAAUUACGUCGGAUAAUGAAGUAUUCAUAGUUGCGCCACCUAUUCCAUAUAACACGAAACCACAUGAACCAAGUAAUAUAAUUAUUCAUAAUUCUCAAAAUAAUGAACUUAAAUGGGAUGAAUUGAUGCUUGGACCUAAUUUAAUAAUUGAAGAUCAAGGUAGAAAAGUUAAUACCACAAUUGAAGUGGAAACGGCUCAAAGUACGAGAGUUAAAUAUUUAAUGACGAAUGGAAUUUAUGAAUGGGAUAUUAUUAUAGGAAAGAAAUCCAAAUUUGCUUGGAUCGGAGUUUGUUCGGAGGAUUAUAAUUUUCCUUACUUUUCUGGUAGUCAACCAAAUGCUUGGGUAUUAGGUUUAGAUGGUUAUUGUUAUCAUAAUAAUAAUCAAGGAAUCAAAAUUUUAAAUACAACCAUUAAAGCGGGAUCAAGAGUAACCGUACAACUUGAUAUGGAUAAAAGGAGAUGUUCAUUCAUAAUCAAUAAAAAAAUUUAUUUCAUGUCGGUAUGGGAAAAUCUUUCUUCGAAACUUUAUCCACUUGCAACUUUAAGGUAUCCCAGCAGUCUCAAAGUUCAACCUCCUAAAAAUGAAAAAAAAAAAUUAAUAAAUAAAUGA